UGUUUGUGGGGACAAACGAGGGUAUCUGCAUCGAGAAGUAAUGGAAGAUGCAGACCUAGGAUUUGGGAGUUCUAUCCAGGGAACAUGCAGAUUUAUGUGCCCAGAGAAGGAGCUAGACUUGAGAGAAAGAGAAGAACUCUUGCAUCCUUUGGAAGGAGUGAAAGAUGAAGCUGGAAGGUUUAUAUGUAUACGCUCCAGGGUUGUGAAAGAGUACAGCCGUCCAGCUGCCGGAAAGGAAGACCCCCUGCCAUGUGACCUUCGACCUGCACAUAUACUUAAGAAGACUGUUGAUUAUCUGUUGGGAAAGGUAGCUGUUCGAGUUGACUACACUUGGUCAGAUUUGUAUGAUUUUGUCUUUGACCGACUGCGGGCAGUCCGGCAAGACAUGGUCAUCCAGAGUAUUGGGGGUCAUGACGGGAUUGAACUUCUGGAAAAAAUUGUCCGUUUUCAUAUCUACGCCGGCUACAGACUGUGCACACAGCCAAUGUCAGUAUAUGACCCACAAAUCAACGACCAGCAUACACAGGAAUGUCUCAAGAGGCUUAUCUCCCUUUAUAGAGUUGUCCCCCCUGAUCAUGCACACCAGGAGGAAUUUGAGAGCCUCUAUCUCAUGUUUAAUCUGGGUCAGACAGAUGCUUUGAUGCAUUUCUUUGACCUCCCUAAACAUAUCAGAGAGCUACCUUUGGUACAGCAAGCCUACAGAAUCAGCCUCGCCCAUAUCCUGACAAACACUAUCAGAUGUCUGCGUCUCAUGGAACCUGAGAAAUCCAAACGUUAUCCCCUGUUUGUAUGUGCCGCUCACAGACACCUAAGCAGCAUCCAGAGUAAAUCUCUCCAUGUACUAAGUGUUGGCUACAACUCGAAAUCCUUCGCCUAUCCUCUGGACAAACUGACCAGACUUCUGUGGUAUAGAGAUACUGCCCAGGCUUCUGAGAGCUGUCGUCAACACAAUCUGGCAAUCAGAGACAAUUCAAGUGUCCUGUUUCAGAAAUCAGCUUUUCGGUACCCAGAUAAGAUGUUACACAGCCAUCACCCAGAAAUAGAUGAUGUCCUCUCAUCAAUACAUUUAGCCGACAUCUUCCUGAAAGGGGGAGUAACUCUGGAUGCCUGCAGACUAGACGAAGUAACGUAGACAACAAUGCUGUAUCAUGUUUGUUAUGGGAUGUGUAUUAAAUCAGCUGGUCACCAUAAAACUGAAGGCCUGGUGGUAAUCCACUGUGUCAAAUAUCCGAAGUAGAAUGUCUGGGGAAUGAUAUGCUUGCAUGUUAUCAGAGUUUUUGUUUUUGGAACUCUUUCUGGUAGGAGGUGUAAAAGUCUCUAACCUUAGCUAAUUUUAGUUUUUAUUCCAGUAAAUGUGAAACACUCAUUUUACCACGAGAUUUUAUCAAGAGCUUUAAAAUCAGAAUUUUAUUCCCGGUACAUUUUGUCUCAGUUUUACCAAACAAGUCAAGUGGAUCAUUUCGUUAUUAGUAAAUGCAUUUUUAUCAGGUUUUUGUGACAUUUACAAAUUUGAUUGAGAAACGGUUUUUAUUUUUUUUUCAUAGGAAUUUGGAAAUAAAGAUUCAGAGUAUGUUUCCCUAGGAUUGAACAAAUUUUGUUUUGUUGUAGCCUCCAAUUCUGGACUAUUGAGAGUGUAACCUGUGUUAGUAUGGUGAUUUUAAUUAUACUGUAAACAGGAAAUUGAUAAACUGAAGAUUAUGAUUUUAUGGAUUAAAUCUUUUUAUCAAAUUUAGUGGUGAAUUUGACAAUGCAUAAUGAACAUCUUUUACAAUUUAAGAUAAAAAAUAUUUAAUAUUGUAAACAGGGAAAUGAUAUACCGGUACUGAAUCUAGUUUUUAUCGAUAAAGACAAAAGUCUUGUCCGAGUUUUUAAAUUUUCCUGUCGGCAUUUCAGUUACUUGGUAUUUUACCCCUAUUCAUAUACAUGUAUGUUGAUGUACGGGAAUGUGGCAAUGUAAAAAACUAUGAUGGCGUUCAUAGAAUGAUGAGUGAAAUAACUGACAAUAAUGUCUCGUGGUCUGUGAUUGGAUUACCUCAUUUAUCUGCAAAUACGCCCCCCCCCACCUCUUCUCCAGCCUCCUUCUCCUCCAUUUUUGAAGAAUCACCAAUUUUAAAUUGAAAGGUUAAAGUUGUUCAUAAACAAGCCCCCCCCAUAACGUUAAUACAGAACUUUUACACACUCUGGGAGGGGCUUAUAUGAAGGUAAAUACAGUACUAAAUUUUACAUUAUGGGAGGGGCUUAUAUGAAGGUAAAUACGGUACUAAACUUUUACAUUAUGGGAGGGGCUUAUAUGAAGAUAUGAGAUUUAAUUUCUUUUACUAGCAAGCAUUUUUUUUUAUUUAAGUGAAAUGUAUCAAAAUAUGUAUUGACAAUAUUUUUCAAACUAAUAAUUAAAUGUAUUUUAAAAUAUUCUGAAAAUUUAAAAUUGACACCAAUGUGUAAAUCUUUUAAAACUGAUUGCUGCUGGUAUUGAAUUGUUAAAGUGAUAUUUACUUAUUUAAGAUAUUUUAAUAUAUCUGCAUUCUUAUGAAAUUGUAUGCAGAAAAUGUUUUUAUUAACUGUAAAAAUGUUUUAUGUUUAAACACAUCUCCGAACUGGUGACAUAAUUAAUAUCUGAUGUCAUUGAUAAGUCAAAUUAAUUUUCUGUUGUUUUUUUGGUUUUUUUUUAGUGAUUUUCUCCUCUUUUUACAAAUGAUUGACUGUUUGUCAAAACCCAAAAUCAAUUUUCUGAUAAAUUAAUUUGAGUGGAAAAUAAUUUUUUUUCUUGUAAUAUUAACUUUUACUUAUUUGAUUAAAAUAUGAAAAAAAUCCUAGAACUGAAUGCAAGUUUUGGAUUAAAAAAAUAAAAUUCUGACCACUUUAAGUCACAGCAAGUUGCUAUAUUGUUAAUAUCAGUUGUUGUUUUGAAUGAGAAUGGAUGUGUAUGAAUAUUCCAAUAUUAAUCAUGUAAUGUCUAUACAAUUAUCCCCAUGUAAAUAAAUAAAGGGAAUAUAGGUAUACAAUACUGUAUGUGAAUUUUAAAAAUGUUUUAUAAUAUGAAUUUUAAUGGAAAUAAAAUUAUCAAAUACGAAUCAUUUUUUCAUUUCAUCAGCAGAGACUUGUAUAUCCGUCUCUGUCAUCAGUGAACAAAUCUUGAGAAAAACAUCAAUGUUCUCAUCCAUUAGCUGUUGUGAAAUUUUUAACAAAGCAUGUAAGCGUAAAAAUAAUUGAGUUUGUGCCACUGGUUCUUGGUUGUGAUCAAAAUUAUACAGUAAAGAUUAAUGUAUUAAUUUCGCUAUUUUUGAGGACAAAAGAAAAAUGAACUUUUAAUGUAAACUGCUAACUAUAAUCUUCAAUUCUCAAAAUCCAACAUGGCUGCCUGUGGGCCAUUUUGUUUUUCUGAUCAAAAAUCAAAAUUGAGUUGGCACAACCAAGGGAAACCUUUAUAUGAAGUUUGAGAAAUAUCUAUCCAGAACUUU